CAGGGGCCAUGCUGCUCUUGCUGACCUUGGCUCUCCUGGCCAGUCCCACCUGCAGAGCCCAGUAUGUCCUGGGGAAUGAAGUUGGCAAGUAUUUCUACGUUCGAAGUGAGGAUCAGGGGCAACUCAAGGGCAUGCGGAUCUUCCUAAGUCUUUUAAAGUACAUCAAGGGCUUACAGUUGCAGUUUGGCAAUAAGUGGACUGAUGUCUAUGGAUCCCGGUCACCAACCUACAUAGAGUUCCUUCUGGAGGAUGGAGAGCACAUAGUAAAGGUAGAGGGCAGUGCAGUGUACUGCCUGACUUCCCUGACCUUCACCACAAACAAGGGGCGCGUGGCCAGCUUUGGUGUUAGAAAGGGUCAAAACUUCACUGANACUGGAGGUUCAGACAAGUAUCUAGUGUCUGUCUAUGGAAUGCAUGCACCGGGCAUCUGCAUCACAGGGAUGGGCUUCAAAUGGGAAGAUAAUCCAAAGGACUUGAUGUCCACAGAGCCUGUAAAAGAGUCAGAAGACAUCUCUAACCUUUCAAACAAGAAGGGAGAUGAAGGCAGAGACAAGGAUGUCGUUGUUGUAGUUAAUGAUGAUGAUGAUUACAAUGAUGACAAUGACGAAGAUGAGAAUGAUUAUGGCGAUGAUGAUGAUGAUGAUGAUGAUGAUGAUCAGAAAGAUGAGGAAGCUGAGUAGCAUGCUCAGAGCUCAGUCCUGCAUCUCCACAUGGCAGCACCUCCUCUCAGCCAAGCUCACCCACUGGAGGAAGUAAUACACCAGGAGACUCUGGGCUCCAGGAAGCAAAGCCCAAACGCCCUUUAACUCUCUGUCUAAUAAACUAUGCGCAUCUA